AUGUUCGCCGUUCGAGAGGUCUCGUUGAAAUCGAUCCUAAUCUUCGUAAUCGUUGCCUUAUUGUGCCUGCAGAGUUUUGGGUAAGUUCUCAAACAUUUCACAUGCAAAAUAUGUCACCUAUGUUUAGGACACCUAUAUAUAUGUUUAGUUGCUAGAAGUUACUUUUCGACAAAAUUAUACAAAUGCUUUCAAUUUUUCGUGUUUAUUGCAGUUUGUACGUUGUACAUCACAAACUACACCCUAUAAUUUAUUAAGGCUCUUUGUGAGUUACCGUACUUACCCGAGAUUGUUUUCACAUUACUAAGAUACGAUUUUCUGCCGAAAAUUAACCCGUCUUAUUUAAGUUACUUAAUAUCUAUUUAUUAUUUCCUAAAAAAACGAUUUACCGGCCUUUACCCGUCUAUCAUGAAAACAGUAAUUAAUUAGCAGGUAUUCAUAGAAAACAAAAUUUCCGGGGUUUAUACAAAGUCUUUGAAACGGCUAAAAACUUUAGAAUGACACUGAGACUAAUGACUAUUAACUUCCGGAAUUCUUUGGUCGUGUUCCCAAAACACUUGAAAAAUAAAAAAAAAUCAAAAAUAAACAGGAGCGCGAAUGCCCUGGGGGGACGGGAGAGUACCCGUCUACUGACCCAUAUCAUGUAUGACGCGGAAAUACGGCACUAUAAACAAGCGGGAAGUGUGAGGAUUCGUGAUUUAUGUCUUCUCGUCACUUUCGACACUUCAGUUGCAUAUUAGGGAGAAUUUUAGUGCGCUUAAAUCAAUUUGUUUUCUCGUACCUCCAGUAAUGAGAGAACGGAAACUAGACGUAGAUACUGCACCUUCAGUUAGCAUAACAGUAAGCAGUCAAUCUGAGAUUGUAAUUCUCCGCACGCAGAUUUUUAUUUCGAUGCGACGUCAAAUCUGGAAGUCUAAAAAAACACAAAUUCUUAUUUGACAGAGUGCACAUAAAGCCCUGACAUUCGAUAUCCGCUGAUAUCACACCCCGGUUCUUAAGGGGGUUAUAAAACGCCAAUAAAUAAAUUCCCUAAAUCUUUUAUAAGAUUAGGCUGCGGGGUUACGGUCAGGCGGAUUCUAGGGUUUCUCGGUCUGUCGAUAUCGGAUAUGUAUAGGCAUUGGAGAAGGUGGAAGCUGCUGACAAUACCUUCCAAAGAUGUGAGAAAAGCAAACAAUAGGAGGACGGAAAAACGUCAGAUGUUUUUCUGUCCUCUUUGAAUAUUCAUUAUAUUCAUACACAAUAUAAAUCAACUCAUACAAAUUUGCAGAUGCAGGUCGUAUUUCGAGCAGGUCAUGAUGAAAAUGCCGUAUCUAGAGCUUAAAAUAUAUAUUGUUUGAAUGCAAGAAAAACUUCUUGCAGAGAUUGCCGCUUUAAAAAAAUUGAAAAUAAAUUCUUUAGGCUGUAAUUAGUCAUGAAACAGAUCUCAUAGAACUCAAAUAGUAUCCCUCUUGUUGUGUGAGCCCCUUUCAAUCACUGUUUUCAGUUUCAGAGCAGAUAAGAAGGCCAUGAGAAAUUCGUUGGUCCGAUUUGGAAAAAGGGACGGAGCCCAGGCCGCGCCCGCCGCUCCAGUGCAGCCAGAGUUCCAGAUGAAUUACCCGGUUGAUUCCUUCGGAUCCCACGCCCAAAACCCCGUCUUCGGCUAUUACCGACGGUACUAUAACAACUACGGAUUUUAGGUGAGUUUAAUUCUUCUUGAAAAUAAAGUUAUUUGAGGGCGUGUAUAAUAUGUAUAAUAUAAGAACCCUCUUCAGAUCCCUACACACCGAGCCUAGAAUCACCCCCACAUUGCUCCAAGAAUUCUCCGCCGAUUCUGACGCCACAACGAUACUCAGACAUACAAAAAAGAAGCCCCAACACCUACUACUACAAGAUACGAUCCUCUUCUCAACUCUUUUACCUUCUCAUGCGUAA